UGCGUACCUUCCUCUCUUCCCCCCACACGGACGCUGAGGUGGUUAGAGUACACAAAAUGGCCUCCACCGAUUAUAGCACCUAUAGCCAAGCUGGAGCCCAGCAGAGCUAUGGUGCUUACACUGCCCAGCCAGCUCAAGCAUACACACAGACUGCUCAGGCAACCUAUGGUCAGCAGAGUUACGGCACCUAUGGGCAACCCAGUGAUUCUAGUUACACGCAGGCGCAAACCACUGCCGCCACAUAUGGUCAGUCAGCAUAUGCUACUGCUUAUGCGCAGCCUCCUACUGGUUAUACUGCUCCAGCAGCACCUCAGGCUUAUACUCAGCCAAUACAAGGCUAUGGAACAACAGUCUAUGAUAGCAGCACUGCAACCACUUCAACUACCCAAGCUUCAUAUGCAGCACCAUCUGCUUACAGUUCCCAGCCUGCAUACCCUACCUAUGGGCAACAGCCUGCUACUACUGCUCCAGCAAGACCUCAAGAUGGAAGCAAACCAGCAGAUACCAGUCAGCCUCCUCAAAGUUCUGUCUCCUAUGCUCAGACUAACCUGGGGUAUAGUCAGAGCAGCUAUAGUUAUCCCCAAGUCCCAUCAACCUACCCAAUGCAGCAAGUGACUGCUCCUCCAUCUUACCCACCAACAAGCUAUUCAACAUCCCAGCCUUCGAGCUAUGAGCAGAGCUCAUAUUCCCAACCCAGCUCCUAUGCUCAGCAAAGUAGCUAUGGACAGCAGGGCUCCUAUACUCAGCAGAGUAGCUAUGGCCAGCCAGGAAGUUAUGGCCAGAGUGGUUAUGGUCAGCAAAGCAGUUAUCAACAGCAGCAGCAGCAACCACCGCAACAGCAGCAACAACCUCCUCCCACAAGCUACCCACCUCCAUCUUCAUCCUACAGCAGCCAGCCCCCAAGCCAGUAUGGCCAACAGGGCGGUGGUUAUGGCCAACAGAGCAGUUACCGUCAAGAUCACUCAAGCAGCAAAGGGUCAUAUGGUCAGGAGCCUCACCAAGGUUUCUCUGGCUCUGAAGGGCGUGGCUCUGAAGGGCGUAACUCUGGAGGUUCAGAUUCCCGUGGCAGAGGUCGGGGCAUGUUUGACAGAGGUGGCAUGAGCCGUGGUGGUAGGGGAGGCCGUGGAGGCAUGGGCAGCGGUGGAGAGCGAGCUGGCUUCAGUAAGCCUGGUGGACUCCUGGAUGACGGCCCUGAACUUGAUUUUGUGCCCCCUAUGGAGCCUGAAGAGGAACCAGAGAACAACACAAUCUAUAUGCAGGGCCUGAGUGAGAACGUGACGGUUGAAGAGGUGGUAGAAUUUUUCAAAGACUGUGGUGAAGUGAAGGUAAACAAAAGGACAGGACAGCCUUUAGUGAACUUAUUUACGGAUAAGGAGACUGGUAAACCAAAGGGUGAUGGAACGGUUUCAUUUGAGGAAUCGCCUUCAGCAAAGACUGCUGUGGAGCUCUGUGAUGGAAAAGAAUUUCAGGGGAACAAACUAAAAGUGUCCUUUGCUCGCAAGAAGCCCCUUCUUGGUAACAUGAGAGGUGGAUUGUUACCACGUGAUGGUCGCGGUCAUCCCCCACUCCUUAAAGGUGGUCCCAUGGGGCGAAUGGGUGGUGGUAGAGGUGGUGACCGUGGCGGAUUCAUGCCUAGAGGUCCUCGGGCACCAAGAGGUAGUCCAGUUAGUGGUCCCAAUUCACAGCACAGAGCUGGAGACUGGCAGUGUCCCAACCCGGGAUGUGGAAACCAGAAUUUUGCUUGGCGAACAGAGUGUAACCAGUGCAAGGCACCUAAACCUGAAGGCUUCAUUCCUCCUCCAUUCCCACCCCCAGGUGGUGAACGAGGUAGAGGUGGUCCUGGUAUGAGGGGAGGCAGAGGACAUAUGGACCGUGGUGGCCCUGGAAUGUUCAGAGGUGGUCGUGGAGGAGACAGAGGUGGCUUCAGAGGCCGUGGAAUGGAUAGAGGUUUUGGUGGCGGAAGGAGAGGUGGCCCACCUGGCCCUCCAGGGCCUCUUCUGGAACCUAUGGGAGGAAGAGGAGGCGGUGGAAGACGUGGUGGCCCAGGCAAGCUGGACAAGAGCGAUCACCGCCAGGAGCGCAGGGAAAGACCCUACUAGCCGUUUAAAGCCUCCUUUACUACCAGAUUUAUUUUUUAAGCCAGAAAUGUUUUAAAUUUAUAAUUCCAUAUUUAUAAUGCUAGCAUGGAGUCCUUCCAUCGUUACAUUAUGACUAUACUUUGUCUGUAGUAUUCACAAUUUGUGGAGUUAUUAAAAUGGAAGUUUAAUGGUAGUACCAAUGAUUUUUGUUUUUAUUUUAUAUUUCUCCUAAAAUCCCAUAGUUCCAAGCUUUGUCUGUAAAAUAGAAGUUUUACAGAAGUGGAUUUGUCAGCAUGUACAACUAUGAUGAAAAAAGAUCUGAGAGUGUGUGGUUAAGACAAUUUAUUGUGACAAUGUUAUCUUUCGGCUCGUUCCAGCAUACUUGGCCCAUUUUUGUGGGCCACUGUCGGCUUGUCUCCCUUGUCAAGCUAUUGAAAAGAUCAGGAUUUUAGUAUGAUUGAUACAUGUUUGCUUUUUUUUUUUUUUCUUGCAAGAAAUAUUCAGGGGAGGGGUGGGGGGAUGUCGUGAAUUUUAUACUUUGGCUUGUACCGGUUGUUGACCCCCACAUUACAAUAAUAAAACUCUGUAAACCAGU